GGUCAUGUGAUGCUCGUCCCCAAUCAUCCCUCCUGCACUACUAGAACAUCCUCUCUCUGGUGUGGGCACUGGGCAGGUUGAUCGUCCCGACUCCCGACAAUGUGACUGAGUGAAUCUCAAUUUCCCACGCUAUCGGGUUGUAUUGGAGACGCUCUUUAUACCGAGGGAAACCAUUUUCGGCCCAUCUCCAUCCUGCCGCAACCCUGGGAGUGCAGGUUCCCCGAGAGCUAGUGAGGUGCCAUGAAUCGACUAAUGAGGGUGGAUGGUGGCCAUGGGCAUGAUCGCUGCAGCUGAGGAUUUGAUUGCCUGUUCCGUCUCGACUUCAAAUCGGCCGAAACGAAAGGUUCGCACUCGAUCGGUGAUAAGAGGAGGGGUUGCUGGUGCCGCCUUAUCGAUCAACUGGUCGUCUGAGAGAAAGGUCUUGGGGUUGGGGUUGGGAAAUCGAGUCGUAGCCACAGGCCACACGUUUUAGCAGUUGUUACGCAGUCGGUAUGAUCCGGGGACCGCAAUACUGGAUGCAUAUGCCCUCUCAGAAUUCAUGCUCCAUACAGCAUGAAGGGAUAUCGAGAAGGCUAGAUUGAGAGAUCUGUGUAUGACAAUUUGCAUUACAUUUAUGGAUGUCGGCUAUGCUUAUCGGUCCUGGGAUUCGGCACUAAACAUCCUAUCUCUGCGUUGUGAAAUUCCAAAGUUGUGAGUGGGCAAUACAGGAU